CCCCUCAGAUGCAGCUCCACCGCUUCCUUCCGCCACCAAACCCUCACCUCGCCGCCGCCGGGAUACCUCCUUCCCCACAUCUCCGCCUCCGCGGCUCAGUCUCCUUUCGCUUCCAUUCGCAGCGAUGGAGACAUCAUAGGGCUGCUGCUGAAGGAGAGAAUCAUGUUCCUGGGGAACGAGAUUGAUGAUUUCGUCGCCGACGCCAUUGUCAGCCAGAUGCUUUUGUUGGAUGCUCAGAAUCCGAACAAGGAUAUCAGGCUAUUCAUCAAUUCCCCUGGUGGCACCCUCAGUUCCACAAUGGCCAUCUUUGACGUUUUGCGUCUCGUACGGUCUGAUGUCUCUACGAUUGCACUUGGCUCGUCAGCAUCAACAGCUUCCAUUAUCCUCGCUGGCGGCACAAAGGGCAAACGGUUCGCGAUGCCCAGCACGCGUAUAAUGAUCCACCAGCCACUCGGCAGUAUUAGCGGCCCAGCCUUCGAUGUCGAGGUCCAAGCUCGUGAGAUCACUCACAACAGGGAAAAUGUGAUCAGAAUUUAUUCUGAAAUCACUGGAAGACCGUACAAACAGGUGGAGGAAGAGAUUGAUAGGGAUAAAUACAUGUCUCCUAUUGAGGCUGUUGAGUAUGGCAUCAUAGAUGGAAUCAUUGAUAGGGACAGCAUUAUCCCACUUGUGCCCGUGCUUGAGGGAGUUAAGGCCUCCGCAUUUAAUAUUGAGGAGGUUAGUGAGGAUCCGAAAAAGUUGCCGACGCCAGAAAAUCCCUGAUGAUGAUGAUGAGAGAUAUAUUAAUCGUUCAAGUUUAUUAUUACAGACGUAUUUACAUGCGACUGCUGGAUAUAAGUUGUUCGCGUCAAGACCUUACGUGAACGCCAGGGUGGAUUUUCGUUGCUUGUUGCCUGUAACAUAUUACAUGUGACUGCUGGACAGAGUGCAAAGUUGCUAGAUGCCUAAGCUUUAUUAAUGGUGGCUCGAGUUUUUUCAGUUUCGGUUUACAACCUCUUAAUUGUUGUUGCUAUUGGGUUGAUGAAUUACAUGUUAUAAGUUGUAAGCUAAAUGCUACAAAAGCCUUACAUCUAGUCGAAUGGCAACUAAAAUCCUGUUAAUUCUGUCUUGUCGAUUACAGUAUUUUUUUUUUUCUUCUUUUAUUCCUUUGGCGAUUCUUUAUUGUAAUUGGUUCGAAUUCGACAUUUUAAUGCUAUGAGUAGAUUUUCAGGAACAGGCAAGCUAGCUGACCAGUCAUGCAUUUUAAAAAUGCUUAUUCAUGCUAUGAAAUGUCUUAAAUUUGUAACAAAGGGUGUUCAUGUAAUCGCGUUUAGAUUGCCUAACAGAUUAAAACGAACGGCAGGUUUUUCUA